AGGAGGAAUUACAGUAUAAACUGUCGUAUUAUCAUGCUAUGGCGUAUCAUAGCAUCGCAUAGGUGCAGGAAAGUAGUCUGUGACUGCACGGUGCGGACGUCAUAUCAUUUGUCAACGGACGUAAUUAUUUCGAUUCUUAACGUGCUCCUCAAUUUUCUCUUAACGCGUAGACAGACCAUUACACCGACAACGGCAAUUGCACAUCAGACCUGAACCAACCUGAACUGUUAGGCCGAUCGCACACGGUGCAACCGAACCAGUUUCAAACCACUCUGAAACUAGUUGCAAGCGACCGUGGAUCCAAUUUUUCAGUAGAUGGUACCGUGAACCGUGAAUUCAAAGUGGUGUUUAGUAAUGAAUGUACUUAAGCGAUAUACUUAAAUAUUAUUACUUAAUGAGCUAUGAGUGGCCAAAAAUUUCAAUAUGACGAAAGUGGCGGGACAUUUUUCUAUUUUUUGCUAUCGUUUCUGGCGCUUCUCUUGAUACCUGGAACGUAUUACCUUUGGCCACGUUGCCCGAAGCAAGAUCCUGAUCAAGAGGCAAAAGAGUGUCAGUGCGAUGGAUGUAAAAAGAAAAAGAUUAUCCUGCAACUUAACGAACCUUGGAAAGAAACCAAAGCAUUAUUCACAAAAUUCCUUAUUAUCCUUGGAUGGGUAAUCCUUAUUUUUCUGGCAUAUAAAGUAUCACAAUUUGAUUAUGAAAUGGCCAAUUUUGAUCCAUUUGAAAUACUUGGAGUAUCUGCUGGUUCAUCACAGAGUGACAUUAAAAAAGCUUAUCGUAAACUGUCUUUGAUUCUCCAUCCAGAUAAAGAGACUGGAAAUGAAAAAGCAUUUAUGAAACUAACCAAAGCUUAUCAAGCAUUAACGGACGAUGAAGCACGCAAAAAUUGGGAGAAAUAUGGAAAUCCAGAUGGUCCACGAGCAAUGAGCUUUGGUAUAGCCUUACCAUCCUGGAUCGUUGAAAAAGAAAAUUCUGUAUGGGUUUUGGGAUUAUAUUCCUUGGUAUUCAUGUUUGCUUUACCAACAGUUGUUGGAAUGUGGUGGUAUAAGAGUAUUCGUUACACCGGUGAUCAAGUUCUAUUAGCAACUUCUGAAAUGUAUUCUGUCUUCUUUAUUAAAACAUCUUCAAUGUCCCUGAAAAGAGUCAUCAUGAUUUUAGCUGCUUCUUUUGAAUUUUAUAAAAAACAAAAUGCAGAAAUAGUUGAAAGGCAUACAGAUAGCGAGGAAGUUUAUUGGCUCAUCAAACAGUUACCUCAGCUAGGAGCAAAAAAUAAGGAAGGUCCAUUGUGUAACUCAUAUUCAAUUAAAGCUAGGGCUUUACUUCAUGCACAUUUGUUUCGUAUACCAUUAAAUCCAGAAACAUUAGACAAAGAUAGGCAGUACAUAGUGAAAAAGUGUCCAUAUUUAAUUCAAGGAAUGGUAACUACUGUUAAUCGAGUGAUUUUAUUAGCUUAUGCUAAAAGAGUUUCACGUUUACCAAGUAUAAAAACGGUGGAAAAUUGUAUGAAACUAUGUCCAAUGAUAGUACAAGGUUUUUGGGAAUUUAAAAAUCCUCUUUUACAAUUACCACAUAUAACCGAAGAUAAUUUAAAAUGUUUCUUAGCAAAAAAGCAUCAAAUCAAAAGUCUUCAACAAUUUGCACAAUUGAAAGGAGAAGAAAGAAGACUGAUCCUUAGAAAUUUAUCAGAUAGCCACUAUGAAGAUGUUAUGAAAGUUCUUGGAAGUAUGCCAUACAUAGAAUUUAAAGUACGAUCCGAAGUAAUUGACGACGAAAAUCCAACGGUUUAUACUGCUGGUGCUAUUGUGACCGUAACAGUAUCGUUAACUCGCAAGGAUAUGAAACAUUUAUUUGGAGACGAUACUGUCAAGGAACAAGUAAUGAUCGAUGACAGUAAAGUAGGUGCCGAACCUACCGAUGAAGUGUCAGAGGAGCAAACACAAUCUGUUAAGAAGCCAGCAUGGCUUAGACAGAGGAAAGGUCAGAAAAAAUCCCAUAAAAAAGGCACUAGUAAAAAAUCUACUUCUAUAAAAAAUGCACAGACACAGUCCCAGUCUGGCAAUAAUAAUGCUCAACAAACAAAUACUCCUAAUUCAAAGAAAAAAGAAGAUAAAGUAGAGAAAGAGUCUUCCAAAGAUAAAUCGUCAGAUGUUAGCGAUAGCGAUGUUGACAGUGAUAGAAGCGACGACGAUGACAGUCAUGAUAAAAAGGAUGUAACUAUCGAUGAUGAUGAUGAUGAUACAGAAUGGGAAAGGUUUCAACAAAAAAUUUCAAAGAGAGAAAAAGUUCUCGAGGGAAGAAGUAAUUUAUCACACGAAGUGCAUUGUCCACUAUUUCCAGAUGUUAAACAGGAAUACUGGUGGGUUUACAUCUGUGAUCGUAAAAGUCAAACUUUACUGACACCGCCUAUUUAUGUCACAUCAUUAGCACAUUUUGAAGAAGUUCAGUUAAAAUUUACAGCACCACGAUGGCCAGGUGUUUAUACAUUUACUGUAUGUUUACGUAGUGAUUCUUAUCUUGGCUUUGAUCAGGCUCAAAAUAUUAAGUUGGAUGUGAAAGAAGCACCAGAAAUACCUAGAGAACAUCCUCAAUGGGACAUUUCUGACGACGAAACUGCAGAAGACAUUGAUGCAGCUGAUGAACAUUCCGAGUUCACAACCGACGAAGAUAUCAGUGACAAUGAGUAAUAUCUAUUUCUCUUGUGAGAUUAGACAAAUAGAUAUUUAAAAAAUUCGCGUUUUUUCCUCUUUUUUUACUUAUCAAGUUAAUGUACAAUGAACUUUUAUACGUGGAAUUGCAUAAUCGUUGAUGUAUGUGGACAAUCUAGCAAAAUAGUAUGGUGUGUAAAGAUUUCUCAACGAAGAGAAAGUAACGGUAAAUAAAAAUCAUAAUAUUUAUUUUAA